AUGUGCCACACUGUUUCCAAGGAUGGCAGCAAGCGGUCCUACACAGUAUUUGAGCAUGUGUUCCUGGGCUCUGAAUGGAAUGCCUCCAACUUAGAGGAUCUACAGAACCGAGGGGUGCGGUAUAUCUUGAAUGUUACUCGAGAGAUAGAUAACUUCUUCCCAGGAGUCUUUGAGUAUCAUAACAUCCGGGUAUAUGACGAAGAGGCAACAGAUCUCCUGGCUUACUGGAAUGACACUUACAAAUUCAUCUCUAAAGCUAAGAAACAUGGAUCUAAAUGCCUUGUGCACUGCAAGAUGGGGGUGAGCCGCUCAGCCUCCACUGUGAUUGCCUAUGCAAUGAAGGAGUAUGGCUGGAAUCUGGACCGAGCCUAUGACUAUGUGAAGGAAAGACGAACAGUGACCAAACCCAACCCCAGCUUCAUGAGACAACUGGAAGAGUACCAGGGGAUCUUGCUGGCAAGCAAACAGCGGCAUAACAAACUCUGGCGAUCUCAUUCAGAUAGUGACCUCUCAGACCACCAUGAACCUAUCUGCAAACCUGGGCUAGAACUGAACAAGAAGGAGAUCACCACCUCCGCAGACCAGAUUGCUGAGGUGAAGACCAUGGAGAAUCACCCACCCAUACCUCCUGUCUUUGUGGAACAUGUGGUCCCACAAGAUGCAAAUCAGAAAGGCCUGUGUACCAAAGAAAGAAUGAUCUGUUUGGAGUUCACUUCUAGGGAAUUUCACACUGGACAGAUUGAAGAUGAAUUAAACUUAAACGACAUCAACGGAUGCUCAUCAGGGUGUUGUCUCAAUGAAUCAAAAUUCCCUCUUGACAACUGCCAUGCAUCCAAAGCCUUAAUCCAACCUGGGCAGACCACAGAAAUGGUCAACAAAUUCCCAGACUUAACAGUGGAAGAUUUGGAGACAGACGCACUGAAAGCAGACAUGAACGUCCACUUACUGCCUAUGGAAGAAUUGACAUCGCGACUGAAAGACCUCCCCAUGUCCCCUGAUCCUGAGUCACCAAGCCCCCAACCCAGUUGUCAGGCUGAAAUCCCAGACUUCAGUACAGAUCGCAUUGACUUUUUUAGUGCCCUAGAGAAGUUUGUAGAGCUCUCUCAAGAGACACGGUCUCGAUCUUUUUCCCACUCAAGGAUGGAGGAGCUGAGUGGAGGCAGAGGUGAGAGCUGUCGAUUAUCUGUAGUAGAAAUAGCCCCUUCUGAAGGGACUGCUGAUGACCAGAGAAGCAGCUCUUUGAGCAAUACUCCCCAUGCAUCUGAAGAGUCUUCAAUGGAUGAGGAACAGCCAAAGGCAAUCUCAGAACUGGUCAGCCCAGACAUCUUCAUGCAGUCUCACUCAGAAAAUGCAAUUUCAGUCAAAGAAAUCAUCACUGAAAUUGAGUCUAUCAGUCAAGGGGUUGGGCAGAUUCAGCUGAAAGGGGACGUCCUAUCCAACCCAUGUCAUACACCAAAGAAGAGCACCAUCUAUGAGCUACCCUUUGAGAGGACCCAGGUUCCCGAGAACAAACCUGAACACUUGGAGCAGGAUGACAGUUUCUACACAGCUCAGUCUGAACUAGCCAAAGACUCAGGGAAGUGCAACCCAGAAGGCUGCCUAACCACACACUUAUCCACAGCAGACUUGGAAGAAGAGGACCCAGCUGAGGAAGAGCAUGAGCUCUGGGGCCCAGGGAUGCACCCUGAUGCUAAGUGGUGCCCUGGGUCUGUGAGGCGAGCCACACUGGAGUUUGAAGAGCGCUUAAGGCAGGAGCAAGAACACCAUGGUACUGCCCCUGCAUGUACCUCAUUGUCCACUCGCAAGAAUUCUAAGAAUGAUUCUUCUGUAGGAGACUUAGCACCAAAAGGGAAAAGUGAUGAUGUCACCUCAGAACACUCAUUUGCCCCUAAGGAACCAGAGAUGAGCAAGGACAAAUUGAAAUGCAGUGGGUCUGCAGCUGGCUCACUAUCCCAUUGUGAGCAGAAUGCCAUUGUUUCAGCGCCUGAACUGCCAGAGUAUCACCCCUGGCUAGCUCCCCAGACAUGCCUGGGGUCAGAUGCUAGAACAAAGCAGGAAGGCGUUCUGAAGGAGCAAAGGACUGUGAUUUCAUACCAGGGACUUAAGUCACAGGCCAGCUCUCUUCCCCUUUCCAAAAGGAUAGAAAUCAUUGAGUAUACCCACACAGUUACGUCACUUGACCACGCUGGGCCAGGGCCCAGUGAAGAGGGUGAGGAACAAGGACUGAGGAAGAUGAAGGUGGAGAAAUCUGUCACUAUGUUCUGUUCACUGGAUGAAAAUCUGAACAGGACUCUGGACCUCAACCAGGUUUCUCUGCACCCCCAAGUGCUACCUUUGCCUCAUUCUUCUUCUGAGUACAACAGGCCCACUGACCUGACCUCCCUGCUAAGCAGCCCUGAAAACAGGGACAACAGCCCAUCCAUAGCCCUGGAGACAACACCUUUUGUCACUUGCACAACCCAUGUACCACCUACCAACUUAGAUUACCUGCAUCCCCAAACCGUGGUUCACCUGGAAGGCUGCACAGAGCAAAGCAGCAUCACAGACAGUAAGCCCACUGCAGGGCAAUUUAACUGGGAAGAAAACCAGGAAGGCCUCCUCUCUACUAGCAAUGAAGUGCCACAUAGGGGCUCCCAGUUAAGUAGUGAAGAACUGUGUUUAAUUAGCAAAUUCAGUGACAACAUUAGGGAAGUACAAAAAAAACUGGACCCAUCACCUGUGGCCUGCCAACUCCCACAUAGCUCUAUUGGCCCUGGUGUGAAAGAGCGUGCUAAAGAAAUCGAGUCCCGAGUGGUUUUCCAGUCAGGGCUUACAAAACCAUCCCAAAUGAGGCGCUCAGCUUCUCUCGCUAAGUUAGGUUACCUGGACCUUUGUAAAGACUGUUUACCAGAGAGAGAGCCUGUCUUCUCUGAAUCCCCUCAUCUCAAACUGCUUCAGCCCUUCUUCAAAACAGACUCAGGCAUGCAUGCCAUGGAGGCUCAGGAGUCCCAAGAAAACCCAGGUGCCCCCCAGAACCCAGAGCCCACCAAGUAUUUUAUAGAGCAGCUCAGAACAACAGAGUGUAUUGCACAGAGCAAGCCAGUGGAGAGGCCCCUUGUGCAGUAUGCCAAAGAAUUUGGUUAUAGUCAACAGUGUUUGCUCCCCAGGGCAGACUUGGAAUUGACUAGUUCUGAAGGAGGCCUUCCUUUGCAACAGACCCAGGGACUGCAAUGCACAGGCCCAGCUCCAGGACUGGCCGUGGCACCCCGUCAACAACACGGCAGAACUCACCCCCUUCGGAGACUGAAAAGGGCAAAUGAUAAAAAACGGACAACCAACCCCUUCUAUAACACCAUGUGAUUCUGAGCCUAUACAUGUGAUUUUCUAAGAGAAAUCUUUGUAAAAGGGGCAGGUGUAAUAUGUAAGGAACAUGCACUUUAUUGGUUAAUUUUAUAAUAUUUUGGUCAUUUUACUGUUCCUGGCACAUGCAGGGUGUGUGUGUGUGUGUGUGUGUGUAUGUGUGUGUGUGUGUGUGUGUGUGUGUUUAUGAGGAGAGAGAUUGUUUAGAUGGCAAGACCAUUUUACCAUUUUUUACUUUUUAAAAAAUUCAAACCUCAAAAACAAACAUUUUCAAAGAACACCUUUAUCAAAGGCAAAUUGCUGUUUUUCAGUCAACUGCCACCUGCUCCUCAUCUUGUCCUCUGAGAAAAGGCAUGCUUGCUUGCUUGCUUGAGGUGAAGGAAGCAGAUGGGGACAGAGGCACUGAAGCAGAGAACUGGAAAUGUUCCCCCAAGCUUGAGGCGUUGGAUGGGCUGAAGGGCUGCUUGAAAGUCAGUGCCCUCGGCCUACAUCUCCAGCCCUAGCCCUUUGGACUUCUUGAAGUGUUCAUUCUGCUUUGCUUUUUUUUUUGGACAGGUCUUGCUAUGUAACUCAGCUGACCUGGCCUCAAACUCUCAAACUCUCCAUCUGAGUGCUGGGAUUACAAGCACGCUCCAACCACACCCAGCUCUGCUUUGCUUUAAAAAGGAGUCUUCUAGAAUCCAUUUCUUCUGGUAUUCCAGAAUGUAUCAUUAUAGAAAGGCAUGAUAAUGGCUGCCUUUGUGUAUUUAACAAGCAUAUGCUUUUUCCCCAAGAGAAUUUUUAAAAUUAAAUUAAAAGGGAACCCCACGUGAAAUCUGAGAGGUCUUCUGAAGAGGAAAGCACAAGAGGAUGUAAAGUUGAGAGUGGAGAGGCUGAUGCCUAGUAUUAGAAUUGGUGGGAUCCAUACAGGUCAUCCUGGCCCUCCCUGCCAGAAAAUGUCCUCUGCAACAUCCUCCCAACUAAAACAUAAUGGAGACUAACUUGAAAAACAGCAAUCAAAAGUCAUUGUGUUCUUGUAAAAUGAAUAUAUAUGUAGGGUUUUAACCCUUUCAUUACUUGAAUAAUUCUGUGGGCCUUCUGAGUUUAAUGGCCAUAUAUUUUUCCAAUUUAUUUUCCUCCUCCUCACUGUUUGCCCCAACCUGCCUAUGUUUUUUAAUUUCAUAGAUUAUAUUUGAAUUGUUACAUUACAUAUGUAUAACCUCCAUUGAAUGCAAAGUUUUCUAUAUUAUCAUUGUUAACACUUGACGUAAGUUGUUUUUUUUUUUUUCCUCUUCCUGGAAAGUUUGUCAUUACUCUAAAGUUUAUACAGUAUUUAUGUACAUAAUGUCACUUUCUUAAUAUUUUAUUGUUGAUGUUGUGGGGUCUUUUUCAUUCUUUUCAAGGAGUAGAGUUGCAACUGGAAAACACAAGGAACACCAGAAAUAAAACUGAUAGCUGUCGAUAGGAAUCUGCAUAGUAUAUUGAUGGUGGUUUUAAUUGUUUAAAUGGAGACUUGUAAUCACUAGCUCCUACCAAAUUAUGUAUUAGUAACUUCCUUCUCAGAGAAACUCCUGGAGGUUCCCUAAUAUUAGAUCACAAUGUGACUGAAGGCUGAUUUCUGCUUGAGACUAAAAUCACAGGACAUUGUUUGCCAAUAGCUGAAGCACAGCCAGGGAGUAUGUACGUGUUGCCCAGAGUGGAGGCAGAGAGGCCACAGGGGAGGCCUUGGCCAAGGGCAAGCACUCAUAAUGAGUCCAUUUAGGAUGCUUUGCUUUGCUACUUUGUGGAGAUCUUAACACAAAGGCACCUGCCAUAAACAAGUCUCUUUGAUCUUCUUACAGAAAACAUAUUUAGCCUGGAAUGAAACACCCACCAGAGCUCAUCAAAACUGAAGAGGUUUGCAAAUUUACCUCCUGUUUGCUUUGGUUGAUGUCCACACUACUGAUGUGUACAUCUUCACUCAUCCUGAGGCUGAGCACAGACUAGAGACUUAGGUUUUUGGUUCAUCACAGCACUGAGAGGAAAAGACAGAUACACAGACUGUCAAAGUGAUAAUAGAGGCCAGUUUGGAGGAGGCAGAUAGUAGGGUACAGAAUAGGUGAACUGAGACCAUUUGUAGGUGCUCCAGAGCAGCUAUGGAUCCAUUCGCCAAAUGGAAGCCCUGGUUUGGUCUGACAUCACUCCCGGGAAGCAGGUUGUUCAAAAAUCACCUGCUAAAGGUAUAUGGUAUAGUAGUCAUGUGUACCUGUGCUGCCCUUUCAGUAGUUUCUUUAAAACUCUCUGCUUUGUGAUACCUGGAUAUUUAUGUGUUGUUAAGCAUUUUAUUAGGUGGUAUGUACAAUGUGAGAAAACUUGCAGGACGGGGUGAUGAAUUCUAGGGCUCAUCCAUCUAAACCACCUAGUUUGCUGAGGUAGUUCUACCACCAGUAUGUUGGGGAAAGGACAAGAAAUUGAGGUAGGGUAGGGGUAAGGAGGAGAGGCUUGCAUGGAGGUUAAGAGAGUAGCAUCCACAUUCCACACAUUAAAAAGUACAAGCAGCAUCAGCAACAGCACACGGUUCCCUCUUCUCUCCUGCCGCUGUGUAAUGCUCACGCUUACUGCAUUAAAUACCACAAAGACUAGGAGGAAAUCCUCAAUGCUAGGGAGAAAAAACCUUUUUUUAAAAAAAGAAUGUAAGAAACACUCUUUCUCUGCCUUUUUUUAAUUACAUUUUUUACCAUUUAACUUACCUGUCUAAAUAAACAUCUACACAGGGUCUGUGAUCCAACUAUGCCAAGGGGUCUUCGCAGCCCUCCACAUCCCCACAUUUGGGUGUUCAUGACUUAUGUAUCUGGCUGUAUAAUGUCCAUGGAAGGUGGGUAAUGAAACUAUUGAAGACUUUUCAAACUUUCCUCUCUUCAGACUUUUUGGUAAUUUCAGGUGGCCAGUUUCUCUUUUCUAUUCAUGGAAAACCCAGACUUGAAACAGCAAGUUUGGUAGAUAGCAGAGUUGAGCAGAAAAAAUCUUGACCUUUUGUGAAGUGCUUAACUUCUUAUCCAAUAGUUGUUUGUCUUUUUUUAUGUGUGUGAAGACUGCCAUAGUCUGUCAGUAAUAACUCUGAAGGGUGUGUGUGUGUGUGUGUGUGUGUGUGUAUUGGCAUUUCAGUGCUUGGAAUAAAAGCCCCAGGAGCACUCAGGAUUGGAGCUGUAAUUGGAUAGUUACCUGAUCAGUAGAAGAGAAAUCCUAGCUCUUUCUUGACUUUUGAAAACACUUAGCAGUAGUGAGUACUUUAGUAGACGGAUAGUACUAUAGUGGGGUAAUAUUCAUCUCUCCUCAUUUUGUUUACCUCUUAGAGUCUGUUUAGAACGUUUGGAAUCAUUCCUAGCUUCUCGGCCUCCUCAGGCUUUUUAGUGUUUUCCUAGUUCUGUACCUUUGUCCCAACUGGCAUUUCCUCUUUCUCAUUGUAGAAACUACCAAUAGCUCCAAGGACAGCCUGUUGAUGACAACUCAGGCUCUAUGAUCCCUUCCUGCUCAUGGGCCCCAACUGUUGGGUAGACCUGAAGCUUCCCAUAAGAAGAAUCUUAGACAUAUCAGCUCACAAAAGUCUUCACCUGCUUCAUUUAAGGAUUUCAGUUCUGUGAUCUAAGGCAUGUUUGGUAAAGAUGUUUUAGGGAGGGUUUUUUCUUUUUUUCCUAAGAAAGCGUUAUGCAAAAAGGGUCACUUUUAAAAAGGGCAUUUUAAAAUAAAGCCAUUUUGGGGCUUUUUCAGAUAACUAUGGAUACUUUGUUUACAUUGUGAGUAUUAAAAAAAUGCAUCAUCGUAUUGGCCACUCAGUCCUCCAGGCACCCAGGCCUUGGCUGUCCUGCGAGUCCCCACUCAGAGCAAUGCCAUAAUGUCAGCCCUUGUGGGUAAGUGGGUAAAGCCUGGAGCUGCCUUCCAUCUGUGUCCUGCACUCCUGUCCAGUAGUCAUCAUUUCUUCAGUGAUUGUGUUUUAUAGUGAUGAUCGUAAUGGUAAAUGGCUAGUAUGGUUUUAAUUUUGUUUUGCUUUUUUGAUUGUAGACAAGUUGAAAUUUUAGUUGUUUCAGCACCAAUCCAACUUCAAAGUAUUGUGGACUUUGUUUUCCCUUACAAACUAAAAGAUCAAGGCAUGUAUUAGACAUAAGAAUAUUUGUUGUCUCAACACAUCCAACACCCAUAUUAGGAAAAGGCCUGCAUCAAAGCGGGAAGCUGCACAAUCCUCUCUCCCAGUGACUGGGGUCCUUUGACGCCAUGGAGAGCUAUUGCAAGGUGCUUCUGUACUUUUCCCUCCUGGAAGUGGAGGAUGAAUGGGCCUGGCUUCUGCUAUGAAAAGAGAACCAGCCUCAUCUUCUCAGUGCCCCAGAGAUCUAAGACAGAAUUUCUAAACUGGAACCAUCCCUUAACAGCUUGAAGACCCCCCCACACACUCAGGAGGUAUCCAACUGGUGCUGCCAUCCGUGUCCUCAGUAGCAAUGCUGGUGGCAGCGUCCUGUGUACACAAGCAGAACUGAUACCCAAGGCUUAACUCAAGCCGAUGACCCAAACUGAAAGCUGGGGGACUGGUCCUGAAAUGCCUCCUAACCAAUAAGCCCACUUGGAAUUAUUUGGUUUAUAUAUUUGUUGGAUUUUGGUUUCCUUGGCAUAGCUAGAGGUGCCUUUCCUUUUUUCUUUUUUUCUUUUUUUUUAACUUUAUUUUGUAGGACUUGUUCUAAAUAUGGAAAACAAGUCUAGGAGACUCUCCCACUGACUGUUACCUUUGCCCCAGGCUACCCCAAACUUUAAUGCUCACAUUUUAUUAAAUAAAGCAGGUGCUCCCUGGAAUCUCUGGGACCUUUUUGAGGCAUUUGAAGCAGAAUAUAAAGAGUGGUCUCAUCUCCUUCCUUAAUCUUCCUGGUGGUUGGGAUGUUCCACUUGUAUCAUAGAGGUUUUUUUUAUUACUGAUGUGCUCAGCUGUUUUUAAAUGUGAACUUGUGCGCAAAUGUGCAGAUUCAAUGUUCUUGUUACAGAUUGAAUAAAUUUUUAUUUUGAAGAUGAAAUGUGUGCUUCUUCAAGUGCAACACAGGAGUAGAUGCUGGAGAAGGUGAAAGGGUUGGAAGAGAACCCUGAUAAGAAACAGAAUGGGUGUUGCUUAUUGACGAGCAGAGGCAAGCACACCCUUAAGAGCUCUGUGGAAGCUGGGUGUUGGUGGCUCACACCUAAUAUUCCUAGCUACUUGGGAGGCUGAGAUGGGAGGGAUUGAGGUUCCUGGCCAGCCCCAGAAAAUGGUUCAUGAGACCCCCAUCUCCAAAAGAAACAAGAACAAAAUGGACUGGAGGUGUGGAUCAAGCAAUAGAGUGCCUGCUUUGCA